GAAAUUUGAAAUUUCUAUCUGCAUCUUAUUAAAUUAUUAUAACGUAGUUUUUGAACACUUUGUGAACCACUAUUUACCACUGUGGUAUUCACGGUCUUGAAAGAUCUAAGACCAUGGUGGUAUUAUCACUUAUUUGAUAGUAAAAUCACUAAAUAGUAAAUUGAUUAUAUUAUUAUUUAUUAUUUCACAAUAUCAAAUUAAAAUAUUCUUGUAUUCAUUAUUGUAAAUACAUAUGCACUAAGUACUUAUUUUCUAUUAAAUCGAUACAUUCUAUUUACCAUCUCUAAGUAAAGAGAUGUCUACUAAAACAGUAUUUGUCACUGUCGGUACCACUAAAUUUAAUGAAUUAAUUGAUACUGUCACUAAUCGUCGUACCCUCGAAGCUCUAAAACGUAAUGGUUAUACAUCAAUGAUACUUCAAAUAGGAAACGGUACAUUUGUUGUUGAACCUUCUGAUGUUAUAGAAAUCUCAAGUUAUACAUUUAAGCCAGAUAUUGGACCUGAUAUGAUUAAUAGUGAUCUAAUAAUAAGUCACGGAGGAGCUGGUUCCAUAAUGCAAGCAUUAGACUAUGGUAAACCUUUGUUAGUGGUAAUCAAUGAAAAGUUAAUGGACAACCAUCAAUACGAGUUGGCAGAAAAAUUAUAUGAAGAAAAAUAUUUAUAUUACACUACUUGUGAAAACUUAUGUAAUUGUAUUGAAAAUUUAGAUUUUAAAUUAUUAAAUUCAGUAAAAAUUGAUAAUUCAAAAAAAAUAUGUAAACAAAUUGAAUGUUUUUUAAAAAUAUAAAUACUUGUCUAAU